AUGAUUGUUGGUCAAAAUGUAUAUGAAAAAUUAGAAUUAGCAUUAUCAUGUGGUUUUCCAAAUGAGUUAACAUUUACAACUCAUUUAGCAUUUUAUAUGCAUUUAUUUUCAAUCGCUAAUGAUGAAAAACGUUUAAUUCGACGAUUAUUACCUGAUAUGUUAGAUGGUAAUGAAGAAAAUGGACAACAAGAUCGUUUUAAAAUUAUGCCUGUACUUGAAAUUAUUGCUAAUUUAGCAUAUGUAGAAAAUUAUGAUGGAAUUUAUUUAAUCGAUUCUAUUGAUAUUAUUAUCCAAACAUUAACUCAUAUAUGGGAUAUAUUUAUAUAA